AUGAGUGAAACCGAAGUCAGCAAGCGUCUGCAAUCCUCCUUAAGCACUGACAAGGGGCGAUUCAAUGAGAUCACAGCCCUUUCGCAGAAGGCCAUCAACGAUGGCAUGUCUAAGUUGUUGGAAAGUUAUCCGGAAUUAGCUAAGGCCGAGGCUUCAAUGGAGGGUAUUGGCACUCUGAAUGCUACACUACAGAGUAGUCAGCUUUCCCUGGACGUCACCGGGCAGCAGAAUGCCGUCUCCAUGUACUACUGUACCUUGGGGUCGGGAACUAUUCAUUUCGGCAUCGGGAACAAAGAUGUUGAAAUAAGCAAUUGGACUAUCGCCUGGACUUGUACUCUUGAUAAGGAGGUAGUUGAUCCAAGCUCUGACGAGUUUAAAGAAGUCCAAACACAAAUCCUGCAACCCGGGGACUACUCAAUCAGUUCCUUGUUCUUUGCUUUCACUAGUAACCGUGAACAUAGUACCUUCAACGGCGUUGACUUGACCGAGGACGAAAAGUCCUAUCUCGGCCUGAUUCUCGGCCACUGGUAUCCCCAGACCGUGAACGAGGAGGCGCCAUCCUUUCCUCCAACAUCUCUGAAGCUGCAGACCUACCCUUAUAUUGCCCCCAAUGAAACGAAGCCGGGACAGGGUCUUAGGUCGGUCGGUGAGAACAACAUGCUCCUCUAUCUUCAAAUGACCGACAAUAAAUCCUUUCCCGAUGUCCGGAUUUUGGAGUACUCGGGGAAUUACGUCUCCAAGGGCAUGAACGGCACGUUUAUCAUCGACCGGAACAUCAUCUGGGAUAGCUACCUCUUUCGAACUACGGCCCCGAAGCUGCUACCUAUGUUCAACGUUUAUACCUACGCCUGGGUCGCCAGCGCCAGCAAUACGAACCUAUUCGGAGAGCAAUGGUCCAUUGGACUCGGAGACCCGAGCCAUUCAAGCGACGCUAGCUUUUAUGCGUGGAAGCAAAGUGACACGGAUGCUUUGACUUGGAAGUGGACUCCCUCAAAUGAGGAGCAGGGAUAUCAGCAUACAUACAAGUCCGACGCAGGCUGGAAUAAACUUAACAUUGAUUGUACCACUUCCAAUAUAUUGAGCACCGUUCCCGGAACUGGCAACAUCAAGGCGAGUGGCACUACGGAUGUCACCAUUGUUUGCCAGGCAGUAGCCACAACCUACCCCAUGGUAGCGGAAUACGACUACACCAUCCAUGUUCAAAUUACCUGGCAAACCAAUAUCACCGUCACCACUAGCGACGGUGGCCUAAAGUUUUCUCUCAAUUUGCCCUCCGAUCUGACCGAGGCCUUCAAGGUGACGGCAGAUCCGCUAAAGUGGCACGGUGAGACUGGAGGCUUUGAUAAGCUAGACGAAGUCAAAACCAUAUAUCAAAACUUUCAGGACCAGCUCGUCAAACAAUUCCAGAAUAUCUCAUUCGGUGAUGCUGAGAAAAGUCUGGAGAGUGAUCUUAAUACCUCGGCCCGGUUCGUGAUCCCGGGUAAGGGCUCGUUGGCAUAUAAAGAUCCGAUUUUCAACAACAAUGGGGACAUGAUGAUCGAGGCCGAUUAUGUGAUUUAAUGUUCUUGACAUCCUGUUUCAAGACGCAGAGUCAAAAGUGUAUUCGAAUCUAUCUCGAGCUCAAUAUGAUGGUUGUAGGUUGGUGUCAGAGGUGGUGGUCAGAUGCAGGCGCAGGAGAUGGUGGAGGAUCAGGUGAUGCCUGGCUACAGCGAAUGUCUCAACAUCUCGCCUUUCUCAUUUUCGA